AAAAAAUGACAUGAACUGGACAGCCAGCAGCUGCCAUCAACCUGCCAAUGCAUUCUUCCCAAGAAGAAGACUUAACCUAUCCACUAGAUGGCAGCACUUCACAAGCAGUUCACAAUUUUCAACUGAAUACAAGGUUUUUCCCAAACCUUUUCAAAUACAGACCCUACUAUGGUCAAGGCUUGGCUGUAAAUCUGACCUCGGUCAUCAAACAACCUUUUUAUAGCGCGAAUCCUUUGUUCAUGAAUUACAUAGAUUGUAAAUUUUGCUUAAUAACGUUUAAUUGGUGAAUGAUACAUGAAUAUUAAUAUCUAAGCCUUCGCCAUAGCACGACCUGUGCAUUCAGAAUGAGGACUGCCUGCACCAGCAGUGACAGGUGCAAUAUUUAUCAUCAUGCUGGACUGAUGCUGCUGGAAAUCCGGACUUUGCAUACUAACAGACAGCCACGCGGCGGUGCAGAUGCAUCAUCUUAGUUAAGAAGAAAACACCGAGAUCGUAUUUACUAUAAAUGAUGCUAAGUCGUUUGUGGCGAACAUUUCGACGCUCAUCUUUUCAUUAAAACCACGUAGCUCAGUGUAGUAGUGUCAGAUGUUUUGAGUAAAAAAGGGAAUCGAUUAAGAUUCUUAUAUCAUAAUGCUUGAGAAGAGUAAAUAUAAUUUGGUAGACGACUCGAUAGACCCGAGGAUACCCACAGAUAAUGAAGGGCAAUUCCAGCAUGGACUCUCAUUCGAGGUUAAGUUCAUAGGAAGUCUGGAUAUUGUGCGACCUAAAAGCAGGAUUGAAAUCCUGGCAGCUAUGAGACAAAUACGGUACGAGUUUAAAAGUAAGAACAAUAAGAAGAAGAAAGUCACCCUCAUUGUGUCAGUGGAUGGCGUCAGAGUGAUUUUGCGGAAGAAGAAACAGAAAUAUACCGCUGGAUACAGCUGGGAUGACAGUCAAAUGACACUGGCUCAGGAUCCCAUUUUUAGAAUAUUUUAUGUCUCACAUGACUCACAGGACCUCAAGAUAUUUAGUUACAUAGCGAGAGACAAAAAAAACAACGUGUUCCGCUGCAAUGUCUUCAAAUCAAAGAGAAAGAGCCAGGCCAUGAGGAUAGUACGAACGGUGGGCCAGGCAUUUGAGGUGUGCCAUAAACAAAGUCUAGACAAUGCCGAUGCAUGGCUGGUUAAAGGAGAAGAGGAGAGAAGCAAAGAAGAGCCGCAAGCUUCCAGCGACAGCACUGAGAGAUCAGGCAGUGUGAAAAAUGAUAAGGUCUGUGAAGAUCAAGUGCUGGUCAUGGAGGCUCUCUCAAGCCCUCUGACAGUAAACCAUCAAGUUCAGCUUCUCCAGAGGCAGUUACAGCAGCAGGAACAGAUGAGCCAGGCCGCCUCUGCCCAGGUCAGUCUGCUUCAGCAGCAGCUGUCGGUGGAGACCAGCGCCAGGACCGAGGCUCAGACCAGAGUCCAGCAACUCCUUCAGCAAAACACUGAACUCCUGCAGCAUCUCUCUCUGCUGGUCAAACACGUCCAGGAGCUGGAGCUGCGCACACAAGCACAGAAACGCUCACCUUUGGGAUCACAGGACAGUCUUCUCGAAAUCGCCCUGCGUGCCAACAUGCCACGUGUUCCACGUGACCCCAGUCCCAACCCUCCACCACCACCUCGAGGGGGCUUUCCUCUCUCAAACAGCCUGGUUGGGCUGGAUGCCUUCGGUUUCUUCAAUGAACCUUCAGUCCAAGCGAAGAAAAAGCCAGAGCAGGACCGCGACUCCGGGCAGGGUCAGGAUGAGGAUCACUCUGGAAAUUGCUCUCCUCCAGGGAUCCAGUUUCUCAGCGCAUUGGAGACACCUGGAUUCAGAGAGUCCGGAAUCGCCUCUGGAUACGAGUCCAACACAGAUGAAAGCGAUGAUCGUGACAGCUGGGGCCAGUAAUUGUGUGUUUCUGUGUAUAGCAUACACCAGUUGUCAGUUCACAUUGUAAAUCAGCACAGUUAUGUUGCUCACCACCAGCAAAACUAGUAUAUCCAACACAUGACAUACUGUAUGCUGGUUGCCAGCAUUACUGGUUUUGUUCAGCAGAGGGAGCACUUUGGCUUUGUGGGGUAUUUUUGCAUUGCAGUGUCAUUUGUCAGACAAAAUUGUGCAGUUGUUCAGAAAACAGCUAUCUACAAUAUAACAGUCAGAACACAUCUCUUGCUAUUAUUAUUAUUUUUAUAUAUUCCUGUGUGUGUCCAGGUUGUCUUUAUAAUUUAAAACAAAUCUCACAUGGUUUAAUUUUUAUAAUAGAAUACUUUAAUCAUAUUGACAAAUCCUAUGGCACCAGUUCGUGUAAUGCUGCAUCCACGUCAGUAGGUGUCAGUAUAAAGUUCAAGAUGUCUUGAAAAUUUUUAACAUACAUGCCUUACUAAAAAACAUUACUGGGGUGCAUUUUGAGUCAAAACAAAGGACAUUGAUGUAUUUUAAGAUAUUUCCGUGCAAGUUGUUUUCAGUUUUAACAGCUUUUACAUUCAUUUUAGUCUAGGACUAGUCUAAUCCCUGUCAGGGAAAUCCCCCCUUAAAGAGUUAAACAGUUAAUACAUUUAAUGCACUUUGUUUUUUUCUGAUCAGUAUUAUUGCAUGUGUUUUAUAAUAUUUGAGAUCAGUGCUAUAAGUUGGUGUUUGACAUUUUUAUGUUUUUGUCAGUGUUUUGAUAUGUUGAUAUGUCAGUGAAAUGCUAAAAAGCGAGAAAAAUGACACUUAAUUUAAGCAGCUAAGUGGCUUUAACUGUUACAAACCUAAAAUACUGUUUUUAAGUCAAUUAUUUAUGUCAUAAAGUUGCAUAAUUGUGACCGUCUCUGUGAAAUCCAGGCUAAAGUCUCAUUUAUGUAUAAACUAUUUUGGAGCAUCAAAUUUAUUCAUUACGCAUUGAUUUCAAAUCUUUGACGUGACGUUACUCUGUCAGUAUUAAAGAUAUCAAAGUUAUAUUUUUACAGAAUGUUCUUUACAUUUUGGAUGAUUUUAUGUAGAAAGCACUAAAUCACAAAAAUGACUUCAGGUUGGUUUUCAUAGCCAGGGUCAUAAUUUGUUAAAUGGUAACAUCACAAACAUUACUUUUUUUUACCAAUCAAUCACUUUUUUCCAUGGACAAAAUGUAGCAAGUUAUACUAACACUGUGCUUUUUGUGCUAACAAGCUACUGUAUUGUGACAUUUGUACAAUACUUUCA